UACAUUUAGGGCUGUUAAUGAUGAGGGAUUUUCAGCGUUGGGUUGCAGCUUUACAUCUGUGCCCACGCCGUCAUCUCAACCGGAGGGUGAAAAUAACUCCAGCGUGCGUAGCAGCCCUCCGCUCAUGGAGAGACACGGCGGCGCUCGCAUCGGGCGUCCCGCUAGGGGCGGUGUCAUCCAGAGUAACCAUGACAACGGACGCUUCCCUGUCAGGAUGGGGAGCGACACUGUUGGGGAGAACAGUGAAUGGCACAUGGAGCCGGAGAUUGGCCCAGGCUCACAUAAAUGUCUUGGAGCUUAUGGCGGUGUUUCUGGCUCUGAAACAUUUUCUGCACUUUCUCCAAGGUUGUCAUGUGUUAGUGAAAACAGACAACUCCACAGUGGUUGCGUACAUCAACCGCCAGGGCGGCACUCGCUCUCUGCAGCUGCACAAGUUGGCCCGCACAGUGCUUUUGUGGAGCAGCGGGAGACUGCUGUCUCUUCGAGCAACACACGUGCCAGGCGUUCUAAACAGGGGUGCAGAUCUCCUGUCACGGGGAAACCCUCUGUAUGGGGAAUGGACUCUCCACCCACAGGUGGUGGGACAGAUCUGGCAGAGAUACGGUCAGGCAGCCGUAGAUCUCUUCGCCUCGCAGGAAAACACGCAGUGUCCAAUGUUCUUCUCUCUGGCAGACAAAAAUGCACCGCUAGGUGUGGAUGCUCUAGCCCACCCAUGGCCAAACGUGCUGCUCUAUGCAUUUCCCCCCCUCAGUCUGAUCUCCCCCACCCUGGCGAGGGUGAGAGUUCAGGGCCUGUCGCUAAUACUGAUAGCGCCACGGUGGUCGUCCAAGCAUUGGGUGGCAGAGAUAAUGCAGCUCCUGGCGGGAGAACCAUGGCCUCUCCCCAUUCGCAGAGACCUUCUCUCCCAAGCGGGCGGGGAGAUCUACCACCCUCACCCAGACCGCGUGGUGCUCUGGGCUUGGCCCGUGAGAGGUGGAACCUGAAUGCAUCAGGCCUGCCAGAACGGGUCAUUGAUACAAUUCAAAGCGCAAGAGCCGCGUCCACCCGCUCUCUUUACAGCGGAAAGUGGCGGGUUUUUGAGGAGUGGUGCGAACAUAGGGGUACCAUCCCUUACCAGUGUUCUGUGGUGGACCUGCUAUGUUUCCUGCAGUACCUGAUGGAUAAAGGGAAAGCUUUCUCCACAAUUAAGGUGUACUUGGCUGCUGUUUCAGCUUGCCACGUAGGUUUUGGGGAUAAGCCGGCAGGGCAACAUCCCUUGGUUUGUCGCUUCAUGAAAGGGGCACGCCGCAAGCUCCCAGUUUCCAGGCCCCUGGUUCCUCUGUGGGAUUUGUCGGUCGUGUUGGAUGCCCUCUCUCAUCACCCGUUCGAGCCUAUGGAGGCAGUGGGGAUGAAGUUUGUGUCUCUUAAAACAGUUUUGCUCUUGGCUUUAACCACUGCAAAGCGAGUAAGUGACUUGCAGGCUUGGUCGGUUCAGCCUACCUGUCUACAAUUUGCCCCAGGGCUCUCCAAAGUCUGUUUGCGGCCCAACCCAGCAUUUGUGCCUAAGGUGGUGGAGUCAGCCUACAGGUGUCCCUCAGUGGAGCUCUUGGCCUUCCACCCGCCUCCUUUCUCCUCAGAAGUGGAGCAAAGACUUCACAUGCUGUGCCCUGUCCGGGCUCUGCACAUAUAUGUGAGUCAGACGGCUGGGUUCAGAAAGGCGGAUCAGCUGUUCGUGUCCUGGGCUACUCCCCACAAGGGUAAGCCAUUGUCCCGCCAGAGGCUGUCCCACUGGAUUGUGGAGGCCAUAUCGUUGGCCUACGAGUGUAAAGGUUUACAGGCCCCACAGGGUCUGAGAGCUCAUUCCACAAGGGGCAUGGCCGCUUCAUGGGCCCUUUUUAGGGGUGUGUCAGUGAAGGAAAGUUGUGCAGCAGCGAGCUGGGCUACACCUCACACUUUUGUGAGGUUUUACAGGCUCGAUGUUUCCGGACCGUCCUUGGCACAGGCUGUGCUGGGGGUUAUGGCGCCAGGGUUAGUGUGA